AUGUCCUCCAAGAAUACUCCAAACCCCAAAGCCCUCGGUCGAUCCUCAGGGUCUCUAAAUGCUCCCAUCGCGGCAUUCGCCAUGGCCCUGAUCCUGGGCUCUUAUUGCAUUUCAUCUAUUCGCUCUGCACGACGCGAGGCACAGGGUCAAUCGGUCGCGACACCGGACGCGCCCACGCGACGGACAUCGGGUGGGAAGGACUCGUGGGUUCAGCAGGCGCUGGAGGAAAGUCAAACGGGCAAGGGAGGAAAGGCCUGA